AUGACCACCAAGGCGUUCGUUGCCACGUCGACCAAGGGCGCGUUCCAGCGCGAGGCCUCGAAGUUCCGCAACUGGAUUGAGGGCAACAGCAGCGCCACCUUCCCAGCCGAGAGGAACCGCUACCACCUGUACGUCUCAUUGGCUUGCCCGUGGGCUUCACGUUGUCUCGGGGCAUUGUAUGUCAAGAAACUGGACGAUAUCAUUGGACUUUCAGUGGUGCACCCGGUCUUCCAACGGACUCGACCCAAUGACGACAACGACGCGCACUGUGGCUGGGCAUUUGCCGACCCAGAGACGACGCCAACGCUACCAGGACCUUCGGGUCUUGGGUCUUACUCGUCCAAAGGAUGCAUCCCAGAUACGGUAAACAACGCCAAAUUCAUCCGAGACUUGUACGACAUGUGCACGUCUGAGCCAACUCGGUACACUGUGCCGUUGUUGUGGGACAAGAAAGACAAGACGAUCGUGUCGAACGAGUCCGGGGACAUCGUUCGUAUGCUUAACAGUGCAUUUAAGGCCUUGGUGCCGUCCAAAGUGGACUUGUAUCCAGAAGAGUUGCAGUCGGAGAUUGAUGAACUCAACGAAUGGGUACAUGACGACGUCAGCAACGGCGUUUACAAAUGUGGCUUUGCGACGUCGCAGGAAGCGUAUGAAGAAGCUGUGGACAAGUUAUUUGGCGGUUUGAACCGUGCUGAAGAGAUCCUGGCUGCUCAUCGUUUCUUGGUUGGAGAUCGCUUCACUGAAGCUGAUCUGCGGCUUUUUACGACGCUGAUCCGCUUUGACGAAGUGUACGCGGUGCACUUCAAGGCCAACAAGAAGCUCAUUGCUCAGUAUCCGAACCUCAGCAAUAUGCCACCGAUCACUAAAAGUGUGAACAUGCAGCAGAUCAAACUGCAUUACUACGCAUCCCACACGCACUUGAACACGUUCGGCAUUGUUCCUGCUGGUCCCAGUGUUGACUUCACUCGCCCGCACGACCGGAACCGCUUCAGCAACGCCACACUGCCGAGUUUCUAA